UAUCGCUCGCCGAUAGCUGCAGGCGACCCCUCAACACAUGCGUAAACACAAAAAAAGGCUUGACGAUGAGUUUUGACGGAAAACCAUCAGCCCGAGAACUUCACUCCUUCCACAAUAGUUUAUCAGUUCUCCUGAAAGCGGUUGAAGGACACAAGACAACAGUCGAUUUGAGAAAUGAGUCGUAUGUCCAUGGAACAGUGGAGCAGGCCGAUGGGUUUAUGAACGUCGUGAUGAAGAAUUGUGUCUUCACGGACCCCAGGGGUGAUAGAUUCCCUUUCGAUACCUUUUUCGUGCACGCCAGGAACAUCCGCUGUGUGCAUAUCCCUCCAAAUAUUCCAGUUAUUCCUGCUAUCAAACAUGAACUUGAGUCCAUUCAUCCGGUAUUCAGGAGGGGUAGUGCACAGACGAAGCAGAAGAAGACUUUCAGGGAGAAGAGGUUGGGGGAGAAACUGGCAGAGGACAGAGCUGCUGUUCAGGAGAUUCUAGCGAAACAGGAGAAUUCAGAUGACGAAAGACAAUAGAAUGUUGGGUAGAUGGGUGGAUAGUCUUCGAUAAGAGUACCAUAUUUUUGUAAAAUCCUUUUCAUUGGACCAAAUACAGAA